UGUAUGCAAAUAAUCAUUUUAGUCUUAUCUUAUUGCUUCCAUGUAUGCCCUAAAGAAAGCUUUGUCAUUUUCAGGGUAGUUAAGGACGACCAGCCUGUAUCAUACCGGACAGCCACAGCAAAGCCUGUAUACCAAUGGAUAAUCAAGCCUCAGAGUGUCGCCAAAACUAAUGAGAUGUUUCUUCCUGGGCGAAUGUCAUUUAUUUAUGACAUGGUUGGAUGCAAAACUCUUUGUGUUGACUGAUAGAUUGAUUAAUUCUUGAAUGAGCCCUAUGAAAGCGUGAUCCAAUGUAACAACUUUGACGGAUCCGAAACAUGGUAUUGUUUCAUGGAGCACAAUUAUCACAGGAUAUGGAAGUCAUGGAAAAGGGGAGAUGGCUUUAAAGCUGUAUUCGGAUUUUCUAAUUUCAUGGAAUCAACCAAAUCGUGUCAUUUUCCUUUUUGUUCUCUUCUCUUGUAGCCACAAUGGGAUGGUUUCUGAAGGUCUGAGCUUAUUCAAUUCUAUGACUCGGGAUUUUGGAAUUAAACCAGAACUUGAGCAUCGAGCUUGCAUCGUUGAUCUGCUCUGUCGAGCUGGAAAGAUUGGGGAGGCAUAUGAAUUCAUUUGGAAAAUGUUCUCUAACCCUACAACUGAUGUUUUGGGCAUACUUCUCGAUGCAU